UAUUGCAUCAGCGUCGGCAAUCAAGACCUAUAAAAUAAAUUUUCAUCGAAAAACUUUCAAAAAAAUCAAUAAAUAGCUGAAAUACGUGUCGAUUCCCUUAUGCGAAUGCACAUGUUACCAGCUGGGAAAAAGUAUACUACACCAAUAACUUGAUAAACGAAUCGAAAAAUGAAAAUGGAAUAAUUAAAAAUGUAAUAUUUUAGGGAUAUCCUAAUAGUUAUUAUUAGGAAAUUUCAAAUGGUUACCUGAAAAUGUGACUACUUGUCUUUACUUAAAGACAUUAAACAAAUCAGUUAUAAAUCCAAGCAGUGCUUACACUUGGUAGAUACCAUUGCUAUAAAAAGGCUGUCUUGAAGAUUUUAAUUUGCAAAAAAAAAGAGUUUUAAGAAGAAAAAAAAGAAUUAUAUAAAAAUGGCAGCGGCAGUUGACAUGCCGUCGCCAGCAAUCAGUCCUAGAGAACUGGAACUGGAAACAUCUGAAGAUCCAGAUGGCAAUUUGUUCUCCCCAGGACAUGAUGUUGAAGUAGAUGCCUCACCACUCACUUCAAAGACAUCUUUCAUCAGUCCUAAUCAUGAAGAAUAUGAAUAUAUUUGUGAUGUAAUAAAAGACAGAAUAGAAGAAGGACAAGGGGAGACAAUUUAUGAAAUAGGAACAGGAGAUGGAGAAACACCAGGUCUGAAUGAAGAAGAUCUCCAGGCUAGUGCUGCUACAUUGAAAAUGAUAGCUCAAACUCUAGGUGUGGAAAUGGUUCUGUUACGAGACAAAAGAGAAGUGGAUGGCUGUGUUCAUGAGUAUCUUUUAAGGAGAAAGUUGGAACCAGCUGACUUUAUGGAAGUUCGAGUUGCUGUAGUUGGGAAUGUAGAUGCAGGUAAAAGUACAUUACUUGGUGUACUGACACACGGGGAGCUAGAUAAUGGUAGAGGACAUGCAAGACAGAAAUUAUUCCGACAUAAACACGAGAUGGAAUCAGGGAGAACAAGUAGUGUGGGGAAUGAUAUCUUAGGGUUUGAUGCCACAGGAAAAGUGGUCAACAAACCAGAGCAUGGAAACUUAGACUGGGUCCGAAUCUGUGAGGAAUCAGCGAAGGUGAUAACUUUUAUAGAUUUAGCAGGGCACGAAAAGUACUUAAAGACAACAGUUUUUGGUAUGACUGGCCAUGCUCCAGAUUUCGCAAUGUUAAUGGUUGGAUCAAAUGCAGGUGUUAUCGGUAUGACCAAAGAACACUUGGGAUUGGCUCUGGCAUUAAAUGUUCCUGUGUUUGUUGUUGUUACAAAAAUUGAUAUGUGUCCUCCAAAUGUCCUUGCAGAAACCUUAAAAUUAUUAACAAGAAUUCUGAAGUCACCGGGUUGUAGGAAAAUUCCUGUUAUGGUCCAGAACCAGGACGAUGUGAUCGUUUCAGCAAUGAAUUUUACUUCUGAAAGAAUGUGUCCAAUUUUUCAAGUGUCCAAUGUGAGUGGAGAAAACUUACCACUGCUACAAACAUUUAUGAACCUUCUAUCAACACGAUUAAAAAGUCUACCAGCAGCACCAGCAGAGUUCCAGAUAGAUGAUACAUUUUCUGUGCCGGGUGUAGGGACUGUUGUAUCAGGGACUCUAUUACAAGGCAGUAUAAGGAUCAACGAUGUACUUAUGUUAGGGCCAGAUGCCUUAGGAAACUUCCAACCAAUAGCUGUUAAAAGUAUACAUAGGAAACGAAUGCCGGUCAAAGAAGUCAGAGGUGGACAAACUGCUUCAUUUGCUCUUAAAAAGAUUAAAAGAUCAACAAUUAGAAAAGGUAUGGUAAUGGUAUCACCAAAAAUAGAACCUAAAGCAUGCUGGGAGUUUGAAUCUGAAGUAUUGGUAUUGCAUCAUCCAACUACAAUAAGUGUCAGAUACCAGGCAAUGGUGCAUGUGGGAAGUGUAAGACAGACAGCAACAAUUGUUCAUAUGACAAAGGAACAUUUAAGGACAGGGGAUAAAGCUAAUGUGAGAUUUAGGUUCAUUAAAAAUCCUGAAUAUCUGAAGACAGACAUGAAAAUGGUGUUUCGUGAAGGAAGAACAAAAGCUAUCGGCUCCAUCAUAAAAUUACAUCCUCAUGUUAGUGCGGUGGCACAAAAUACGCGGCAGCAGCGAGCACAGAAAAAGGCAUUAGAAGCAAAUCAUCAGGUCAACCCAGCUAAUGAACCACAGAAAGCUAGCAAAAAGUCAAAACGUGAUGUGUCUAUCACAAACGACGUGUCAAUUACAAAUGACAAUAUUCAACCUGUAGUGGAACCUAGAGUUAACUCCCCUACAGCAGUGACAGUUGAGUCAUAAUUUUGUAAAAAAAAAACAACCAAACAUAAAGCAUCCAUCAUUAUUUAUAAUUUUGAGUGAGUAUUUUCCUUUUGGACAGUCAGGUAAAAUGAGAAUUUAAUUGAAUAAAUAUUUUUAAAAAUUAA